CUGUUCUUUUUCCUUUUGACCCUCCGGUCAUCCAUUUCUGUCCCCAUUUCAUUAAAAUCUCUUGUGCCACUGAUGUAUAGGCCUGAAAUGUUGGCAGAAGGCACACGCCUGAGGAAUAUUCUCUUGAAUGAACGAAUCAAAUUUAUCAACUCAGUUUCCUGUGUUUGAGUGCUUUUUAAAAUGUGGACAUAAUUUUGUUUAACCAAGAUUAGAAUAUAAAAAUAUAAAUAAUAAUAAUAAAAUAUUAGGAGAAAACGCUCUCAACAUCAGGGAAACCUUAUGGAAAGAAUAUUGGAAACCAAACAACUUUUUUUUUUAAUGAAAACUUUAUUGUAAAGAAUUCUCAAAUAAGAAAAUGAUGACGCAUUAAAAUUAGCCAAAUCCAAAGUGUGUGCAUCUGUAAACUUCCCUGCAGCCAGGCAGCCAUUCUGAAGCCGUGCGGCAUCUUCUUGUCGGGUUUUAUACUUUCAUUAUCCAAUAUGGUUUUUAGUUCUUACAAAUCACCGAAAUAUUCAUGAUACACUUGAAACUAGAACAAAAUUAGCUUCAUUCAUGAUACAAGUGCCCUUCACCUGAAUUCAGUCCUUCCUCACCCCUAUAUUUACCCUUUCUUGUUCUCCUUUCUACAUAUUAUACUUUACCACAUGUAUUUACAUAUAUGUAUUCAAAUGUACAUAUACAUAUACACAUACACAUAUACACACAUAUGUGUAUAACGGGCUGUUUGGCAAAAGAGCCCAAGAAAAAUAGGCAAAGUCUCUCAGCCCAGCUCCCCGCCCCAUUCUUCUCUCCUCUUCUUGAUCUUUCUCUAUCAUUCCCAAACCAGCCGUACCCUGAAGUUCUCUUCACCUCCGCCACAGUCAGACAACCCCAGCAAGUACCCAAAACAGGGAGCUGGUCUUAGCGGCCUUAGCGUCUUCAUCUAAUGAGUGUCUUUCUGUGCUUUUCAGGGGUGUGCAGCCACAGACCAGCAAAGUCAACAUCUACGUGAAAUUCCUGCGGCUGACAAAAACAUGCAAAUCCUGAUGGCACCUGGCCAAAGCUGCUGUGCCCUGGCUAUCCUGCUGGCAAUUGUGAACUUCCAACAUGGUGGAUGUAUUCAUAUCAGCAGCUCAGCAUCCCAGAAAGGAGGGCGACUGGACUUCACCUGUACUUUGCAGUACAAGAAAGAUGAAGCUGAGGGGCUAAUUCUCUUCUGGUGCAAAGACAGAUCUUGGAACUGUUCCCCUGAGACCAGCUUGGAACAGCUAAAGGUUAAAAGGGAUCCUGGGACAGACGGUGUCAUUGAAAAGUCAUCUCAGUUGGUGUUUACAAUAGAACAAGCCACACCAUCAGACAGUGGGACCUACCAGUGUUGUGCCAGAAGCCAGAAGCCAGAAAUCUACAUUCAUGACCAUUUUCUCUCUGUUCUUGUCACAGAGAACCACACGGAAAUAAGACAGAGGAAAAGGUCACACCCUGACUUCAGCCAUAUGAAUGGCACUCUCAGUUCAGGCUUCCUGCAAGUAAAGGCUUGGGGGAUGCUGGUCUCCAGCCUGGUGGCCUUUCAAGGCUGCCACCAGAAGGUGGAGGCCAGAUUAACCCAGAAGGUGUAA